CGAACUGCCAUUCCUUUCAUUUACUAUCAUUGUAUUAAUUAGAAACUGUUGUCAAAAGCACUCAAAUCUCGUCCUCUUUUCAACUCUACCAAAAUCACAAAUUAAGAAAUGUGUACGUAGUGGACCAAAACGUCAGGAAGCAUCACAAGGAUCUUUUUCUGUAAACUAUACCUAUCCUAUAUAUUUGACGACUAGGCCCACAAUUUAAACACUGCAAAAUAGUUUACUAAGCUAAAAGAGCGUCCAAGGAGCACUCAUUUUCAGGUAGUGCCACCGAAAAUUUUGAGGACUCUUUACCUUUCCUUUUUUUCUCAAAAAGAGUUAAGAGGAACCAUCUUGUAGAAGCCAAUAAAAAAUCAAACAGGAUGAAAGUUUUGGUCUCGGCCGCCUUGGUCCAAAGAUCGGAAUAUAAUUACAAAAAUAGUAAGUAUCGAUACAUCUGAAAAACGGUUCUGUUGCCCCAUUUUCAAACCUCAAGCCUCAAAACCAAGGAAGUUUGUUUGUUGUGGGCCUUCUAAAAAUAUCCCAACCAAAGUAAAGAUUUUAGGUCCUUGCCUCUCACAAUACGAACCUGAGAACUGAGGCUGAAAGAAAACGUUUACAGUACAAGUGCGGGGUUGUGGCUGAUUUGUAAAUGGAGGCUGGCAAAAUCAAGUCAGCCAAAGAAAUUGCCAGAGAACUGGGUUUGUUGAGAAAACGACCUGUGUCCUCGGGAUCUCCCCGACUUAAGUCAAAGAAACAAAAAGCAGAUCAACCCUUCUCACACUUGAUCAUUAUUGACUUUGAGUCAACUUGCUGGGAGAAUGACAAGACUAGUCCCCAGGAGAUCAUUGAGUUCCCUGCAGUGCUGAUGAGCACAGCAAAUGGACAGAUAGAAGCUGAGUUCCACCACUAUGUGCAGCCUUCAGAACGACCCACACUCAGCAGUUUUUGCCAACAGCUAACAGGUAUCUCUCAGGCCCAGGUUGAGGAUGGCAUACCUGUGGCUGUAUGUCUACGCAAGUUUGCGAUGUGGCUGAGACGUCUACGAGAAGAGAAGGGCAUUGUUUGUGCUGAUGAUGGAACAGCUGGAGGGGACAAGUGCACUUCUGGACAGAAAGUGGCUGCUCUGGUCACAUGGUCAGAUUGGGAUCUGGGAGUGUGCCUACUGUAUGAGGCAAAAAGAAAACAGAUAACUCGUCCUUCUGCCCUCAAUAGAUGGAUUGACCUACGUCUCACCUACAGGAAAUUUUACCAGCGGCGACCUGAUGGACUGAAUGGUGCUCUUCAGGACCUGGGUCUAAUCUUUGAUGGACGACAGCACUCAGGAGUUGAUGAUGCCAGGAACACGGCCCGUGUGGCGUGGAGAAUGAUCUGUGAUGGCUGUCAGCUACUCAUCACCAAGACUCUGAAGACGACUCCAGAUGGAUCAAUGCAAAGAGUUUCCACACCACUGUCUACACAACAUACCGGAAGCUUCCACAGCUCCCCAGCACAUCAGACUGUACUUGAAAUCCACAGUAUGUCAAAGUCAUCUGAGACUAAGAGCUGUUUAUUCCAUAUAGCAGAGGACGUGAACUCCUCUCUGUCGUCAUCAAAGCCUGUCCAGGAGAUUACCAGGAGGCCAGGUCUAAAAAUGAGAGAUUCAAAUGUUUCUGUAUGUGGAACAAAAAGAAAUGAGAAGGACACAGGCAAACUGAACCCUAAAGUAACCUUACCUUCUGUGUCUCAGUGUCCAAAUCAUCAAGAGGAGAUGAGGUCUGCUCCUCGUAAGAACAUACCAUUCACUAGAAUUUUGUGUAAUAAUCAAAAGGGUAAGAAGAGUAAAAUUCCAGUUCUACAAGUCAAAGGUGGGGAGAAAUCUCCUUUGCACUCAGUCGAGCACAGAAUAGUCAUACCAUCAUCAUCAGUGUCUCGAAGUGGCCAUUCAGAGAUGUCAGACAAGUCAUCAUGUCUUGGUCCUCCGUCAACGCUGAAAACACCAGCAUCAUGCCACUCGGCGUCAGGGUCAUCUCGUCUGCUGUCACCAUGUUCAGUGACAUCAGUUUCCACCAGUCUUUCCACACCUCUCCUUUCAAUAUCAUCAUCAUCGUUUUCAACAAAAGCCUCAUUGAGUCACAUUAAAGCAACAUCAGAAAAGUUUUCACCCCAUCAAACAGCUCCAACGCCAGUGAAAUUUUCACCAGACCACUCAGCAGCCGUGUCAACAAAGCAUCUUACUGUUAACCUGUCACACUUUGAUCCAACAAAAUCUGACUUGUCAAUAGUAUCAGAUGAUGCUUGUUGUGGAAACCAAAGCAGUAGUGACCCGUCAAUGUCACACACUUUUCCAUCUCGCCACUUAGUUCCCCAUGAACCACCAUUCACCGUUAACAGUGAAUCUGCCUUUGCUGUCAACUGUCAGGCUUUAUCACAUCUUUCUCAAAACUUACAAACACCAUCUUGUUCUAGUAUCCAGCCCCACUCGUGCCUUCUUAUGGCUUGCAGAUCUCCUCAUGUUUUGAAUCGUGAGUCUGCCAAAGCUACUAGCUGCCGGACUACACCACCUGUUUGUACUGACAAACAAACAGUGUCCUCUGUUAGUAAUGUGGACACUGUAUCUUUACUGUGUGAACCAACAGCCAGUGUCCUCAAUGGUCAAACAAAUGAAGUCAUAGUCUCUUCACAGGCAGUGACCGUCAAAUCAGUGACAAGUAAUUUUACUACUCCAGUAUGUGGUGGCCGGAUUGCUUCACAUCAGACAGACUCAAAGUCUAGAGGUCAAACUAUCUCUAGACUCACAGAUCAGACAACACCAGUGACCAAUGGCAUUUCUCCACCAAGCAGAACAAAUUCAGGGGUCAGAAGUCACACUCACACAAGCAAAGUUCAGCUCAGAAUGACUUCCACCACCACCACGCCAACAAGUUUUCAUGAUUUCUCCACACCUACCUGUAGAACCGCCCCUGUGUGUACUGUUGGAUCUGCAAUGAGUGCUGAACUGAAUAAAAGCAGAUUGUCAGCAACCAGCAUGCGAGCCACCCCACCCCUGUGUACGUGUGGGCGGCGGUCAAAGCGACGGCUGGUCCAGAAACAGGGACCCAAUACGGGACGCUGGUUUUUCUCCUGUUCAAUGAGCUUUGCUAACUCAAACUGCCCAGGGAGAAAAUCUGGCUGUAAGUUUUUCCAGUGGGAGACACCCUCUCGAUGAACCAGCCGUAGGGACAAUCAUGAAUUAUGAUGAGCUAUGAGUUUUCUGGUGUGGUCUGCUCCUUCUUUCUUAUAAAAAAUCUGUCUUCCUUAUCUUUCGUCCUUCUUUUUG